AAAAUAAGAAAAAAGAAAAAAUUCUUAUCCAAAGAGGGUUAUAGGAGGAGAGAGUGAUAGAGAGAGAGACGCGAAGCUCUGAAAACAAAGAAUGGCAAUAACACCUCUACGAAUCACGAACCCAUUCCCAUCUCUCCGCUUGAUUCCCGCCGGAAAGUUCAAUGCUUCGAGACUCUUCACCGUCCGCGCCACCGACGUUGAGUCCACGGAAGAGACUCAACCCGACCCUGAAACAACUCAAUCCGAAUCCGGCACCGAUCCUGAUCAAUUCGAGUCUCGUCUCUCGAACAUCAGACUCAGAUACCGAAGCGGUACGGGUAAGAAAGCAGAAGUGAGAAAAUCGAAGAAAGGGUCAUCAAGCGGGUCUCCGUCGAAAGGCACGGGAAUGUAUCUGCCGCCGGUAAGCUUAAAAGAGGCUGUUUCAGGUGGGUUGAAAGUGGAAUUAGGGUUUAGCCCGUACAGUGAAAGGAUCAACGGGAGGAUUGCGGGAUUAGGACUCAUGGCAUUGCUUCUUGUUGAGCUUGCGACGGGUAAGAGUGUAUUGAAUUAUCACACGCCUUCUGUGGUGUUUCUUCAGAUCUAUUUCGUUGCGGCUGUUUCUGCUAUGUUUGUCAAGGUUCAGAAGGAGAAGGUUAGUGUUUGGCCAAAGGAUUGAAGGAAACAGAACACAUGAGAUGUGUGUUUGAAUCUUGCUUUUGUUAAAGUUCUCUAUUUAUGUAAUUUUGUAUACUCACAGAAAUUUCAAUAUUAUGGAUAUAUAAGAGAUUUGACAAGUAAAGGAUCUCACUUUUGGAGUGAGUUUGUUGUUGUUCUUGUUAAGUAAUUUUCAAAUUCUGGAUCGGAAUGUUCAAGAAAAUUUGAUACAAA